AUGAGAAUGAUAAGAUCUUAGCCGCAAGCGGGUGUCAAAGUAGAUGUGUAUCAGAUUGUCAAGCAGGUACUGAAGUCGUUCUGUAGUUUAAGACGAAUAGUUGUAUCUUGGAUACAACAGUAUGUACGUAUAAUUAAGCUUUUAGAGAAAUGUAAACCAGAUGUUGUUUGAAGAAUACAACGAAAAAUCAUACCCAAUAUCCCCAGUUGCCUCAAGCCAUACUGAAGAUGACAGUGCUCAAAAUACCAUAAGUGAUGGUGAUGAUGUGUUCAGCACCGAAGACGACGUUUACGGAUUGCUGUUGUAAAAGAAAAAAAUGUUUAAUUGUUCUGACAAAUCUAUCACUCGCGGUUAUUCUAACCUUCAUAAGGAUCUGUAGUCUCUUACAGAUUUCAACCUCCUGCCAAACACUUGAUUUCACCGCACAAUCCGUCAUACAAGCUGAAGAUCUAUCAAUUGUCAAAUAUUACUUCGAUACAUGUGUAAGCACUUGUGAAUCAGAAGCCUCCGAUGAAACCAAAGCUGAAUACGAAGCUAUGAUGCAAGAUCAAAACAAUUUACAAAGCUUGAAAAACUUAGGAUCCGAUGUCAUGGAUUGGGUUGUAAGAAUUGUAAAUUGGUCUGAAAAGGAUAUGUUGAAAAAUUAG